AUGUCUGGCAGCAACGCUCAGGGCGAGGGCAUCAUCCAGUCCACCGUCAACACGGUCAAGGACAACGUCAACUGGGCCGCCAACCAGCUCAGCGGCAACACCGAGGAGGCACAGCGCAAGGCCAACCAGGAGAAGGCCAAGCAUGGCAACUCCAUCGGCGACAAGAUCGACGGCGCCGUCGGCACUGUCAAGCACGGUGCCAACGAGGCUUCCGACAAGGGCAAGGCCAACUACUACGACGGCAAGAGCCAGACUCAUUAG